AUGACGAUGACUAAUACAGCUACUAUUAGUGCAAAUAGUACUGCUUCCGUUAGAGGCAACGAGGCCUUCAACGAGUACGGUGCAUACGAGAAGAAACAGUACUUGUUGAAGGACAAAUACAAGUUCAUUACGCCAAUUCAAGAGGGAGCCUUCGGGAAGGUUACAUUGGCGGUUAAUGUCCAAACGAAGGAGAAGGUGGCCAUGAAGGCCAUGUAUAAAUCUCACGAGAAUACGAGGAGAAUCGCGAACCAUGAGAUCGACGUGUUGAGUAAGAUUGGUCGCAACAAUGACAAUAUUUGUCAAUUGCUCGACCACUUUGAGACUUCGGAAUUCAUCAUCUUGAUCUUGGAGUAUUGUUCCAAUGGUGACUUGUAUGAUUUGAUCCACUCUUCGAUCAAUAUUUCGGCAGUAGAUAUUUGGAAUAUCGCCAAAGAAUUGGCCAAUGCAUUGAAAUAUGCUCAUUCGUUGGGAAUUUAUCAUCGCGAUAUCAAACCCGAGAAUGUUUUGUUCAACUGCUUUGGAAGAGUCAAGUUAUGUGAUUGGGGCUUGGCUACUACAAAGAGAAUGAACAGAGAGUUCAGCGUCGGUACCGAGAAGUACAUGGCACCUGAAGUGUUCAUCGAGAAGCCGGAAUUGACGGAGUACGAUUGUAAGUACGUUGAUUACUGGUCUUUUGGUAUUACUUUAAUUACAGCAAUUUUUGGUACUUGUCCUUUCAAACCUGUCGGAGAGUCGUCUAACAUUCACUCCGACUAUAACUUUAAGAAGUUUGUUUACUAUGGCAAUUCCCAAAUCUUAUAUGAUAUCUAUCCUACAAUGAAUGAAACCUGCUUCAAUAUUUUUAUGAACUUAUUGAGGAUUGGAGGUAAUGAAGAUAAUUUAUUAGAAUUUAACGAUAAGAUUAAUUCGAGGAACUUAGACAAUUUUAUUCAGGAUUUACAAGAUAAUUGGAAGUUUGGUUUGACUAUUGAUGAAGAGUAUGAAUUGGAACAAUUCGAUGAUGACGCCGAGUCGGAUAAUUCUAAUGACCUCUUCAACAUGGAUCACGAUGAUUUAUCAAGCGAAAGCCAAGACGAACAAUUAUCAUUUGAUACAAGUGUCGAAUCAGAGUCUGAUUCGGACGAAUACUUAACCAAUUACGACACUUCAAUGAAGAUUAGAAUGAAUCAGGAAUCUGAUCAUCACAAUGUUAUUCCUUCUUUAAUCGAGUCAUCGAUUCAAUCGCUGUCUUCGAAAUCUUGGUGUGACUUGGAUGAUGACGAAGAGUUCAACCAAAUCUUCAAUGCCAUGUCGCUCAACAGAACUAAGAAACCUCAAUUAGAUAUCGUCAAAGAUGACUUCACGAAGUCUAACCUUGGUAAUGAUGACAUUGACAUUUUGAAAGUCGAAUGGAAUUUAUAUAAUAACAACCACCAGGCGUAUAAUUGA